AUGGAGAUGGUCAUUUGCCGACCCAGUGCGAAGGACGCGCCAUGCUUGUUGACCUCGUGCUUGUCGGGCAGGAAUGAAGACCUGGAAGGAAAGAUCAGCGUACCUAUCGACGUUAUGGACGCAUGCGCGCCCACGAGCUCCGCAACUAUCCACGCGCGCCAGACUUGGAGGACAUGCGACCGCUUCAAGGCAUGCGAUGACUCCGUGCGACCGUUAUCCGGCGUGGAUUGGCAAGCACCAUGCAGGCUUGACAUCGUGAUGGUUGAUAUCGUGAGCAACGCGAAGCAGAGCAUGACGCGCGUCCCGGAAACGCGGAAAAUCGAGGGCACAUGGGAGGCCGACGCGAUGGUCGACAAUCUACCACCAUGUUACAUCUCCGCGGCACGCGCUGGGUAG